CCGGGCUUCAUAGAUCGUGAAAUAAAAUACGUCAUUAAUAGGCGCGCACACACACACACACAGAAUGUGCAUAUCAGAUGUCGGUUGUAGAGAGCACAAAAGCCAUGAUCUCAUUAUAUGCUUUGUAAACAGCGCCGUGAAAAUACAUUUCAACGAAAUUUUUAUAUAUCCCCCUUAUCGAUGCGUAGAUAAAAGAAAUAACGUUUAUUAUAUAGAUUACUUUUGUUGAGUUUUCAUGGAUGAAGCAACAAAUGACAAUGACCAAUUUUAUUCAUCCCAAUGGGCAAUUUAAACAUGGGAAAUGUGCUAAGUUACUAUAGAUAUAUAUAUAUAAAGUUCUAGUUUCAUGGUAAGAAAUAUGGAGAAGUGAUUAAAAAAAUGGGUUUAACCCACCCCUACUUUUCAUAGAACAUGUGCAGACAAACCUAAAUGAUUGAACACUUGAUCAGCUGUUCCAGUCUAGUGCUUGAAAACACUUAUUAUUAUGUCCCUUUAAAUUAGAGUUAAAUGUUGUUUGACUGGUUGGUGGUACAAUGUCACCACAAUGCCAAUAACAGGAAUUGUGGGUUCAUAUCUUGGCUCCGACAUACCUCUCUGACCCUGUCAGUGUUUACCAGGCUGACCAUUGGUGGUUUUCUCUGAGUAGUCCAGUUUCCUCCACCCUGCACUCACAUGAUGACGAUGAUGAGGAGGACACUGGAUCUCACAAGAGUGCUAGAGGAAAAGAAAAGGAUGAUAGAUCUCGCUCACGGGUGGAGGUUGAUCGCCUCAAUCAGCAGCCUGUUGCUGACAAAGAAUGGAACCCAAACAGGUUCCGCCUGCAUUUCUUUAAAAUCUCUCCUGAAGAAAUGAAGGUGAGACAGAAAGAAGCCCGAAAACCCAUCGUCAAAGUGAAAGAGGAAGCCUUGGAAGUUAGCUUUGAGCAAAUACAUGGAUCUGAUGAAGCCUUAGAUUUUCCAAAGCGUCCUAUGUGGAAUUACAGCAUGUCUAAGGAGAAGCUGGAACAGCAAGAACAGACCUAUUUCAAGGAUUACUUGCAGAAAAUUUUCUCCAGUCAUAGUCUGGAUGAGCUUAGUUACUUUGAGCUUAAUCUGGAAACCUGGAGACAAUUGUGGCGAGUCACUGAAAUUUCGGACAUUCUUCUGCUUAUAACAGACAUCAGAUUUCCGGUACUGCAGUUCCCCCCAAGUUUGUACUACUACAUGCGUGAUACUCUGAAGCGUGACAUGAUUCUGGUUCUCAACAAAGUGGAUCUGGCACCACCAUCAUUGGUAGCAGCCUGGCGGGCCUAUAUCACCCAUCUCUUUCCUGACCUCCAUAUUGUCUGUUUCACAUCCUUCCCUAAAAAGCCACAAGAGGCACAAAUAGGAUUUCACAGGAAGGCAAAGAAGACCUCUGCUAAGCCUUUGGGGCCACAGGAGCUAUUAGAUGUUUGUAAAACCAUUGCUGGAGACAAAGUUGACUUCAGUGCGUGGCAGCGAAAGUUGGACACGGGUGAUAGUUCGACUUCUGCACCAGAUAGAGAACAUGGGCCUGAUACCAGCGAAGACUCUUCUGGCCAGGGAGAUACAUAUGCUUCAGAGACCUUCAGGCCAGAAGUUUACCGGAAAUUCCAUAAUGGCAUUUUGACUAUUGGUUGCAUUGGUUAUCCCAAUGUUGGUAAGUCAUCUUUGAUGAAUGGGCUGGUUGGCAAAAAGGUGGUAAGUGUCUCACGCACUCCUGGACAUACCAAGCACCUCCAGACCAUCUUUCUGACCCCAACUGUACGGCUCUGUGAUUGUCCUGGUCUUGUUUUCCCUUCAUAUGUUGACAAGGCACUGCAGAUUUUGUCUGGAAUCUAUCCAAUAGCUCAGGUACGGGACCCUUACUCAGCUGUAGGCUACUUGGCUCAACGCCUUGAUCUGCCGAAACUUCUACAUCUGUCCCAUCCUGACCAGGAGCAAUCACAUCGUCCUUCUGAACCACAGCAAGAGCUACCUUGGUCUGCUUUAGAUAUCUGUGAAGCCUGGGCCAUAAAGAGUGGCUUCUUUACUGCAAAGGCCUCACGUCCAGAUACGUACAGAGCUGGCAAUCAACUGCUGAGAAUGGCAGUGGAGGGUCGCCUCCGUUUGUGUCUGGCCCCACCACAUUAUUUUCAGAAACAAGAUGAGUGGAAAAAUGAUCUUUUAGCUACAAAUCUUGCGAAGCACUUAGAGAAACAAGUCCAGCAGAUAACGUCUGAUGGCAGUGAGGAAGAUGCUUCAGAAUCUGAAGAAAGCAACAAAGAAGGCGCCACUACUGAUUCAGAAGAGGAGAAAGAAGGGGAAAGCACUGCAUGUGUAUCAAGUAAUCCCUUUGAAUUGUUGGCCAAUGAAUGAGGACUUAUCUCAUCUUUUUAUCAUUUUAUUUUGUUGAUUUUUGUUUGUCAAAACCAUUUGACCUCAGUAGCCUAGGCUUUUCAGGUCUUUUGCAUGCUGCAGUGGUGCAUGUUCCUAAAAAUAAGGAUGGACGGUUAGACGAUAACUUUAAAGAUUCAAGUCAUAUGUUACUUUACCAGUGAAUGGAUUGUAUGGUAAUUCAUAUUUUCUCUUGUGGCCUUGGAAUGUUGUGUCAGUUAUUGAACAUCGUUAAAUGGAAUUGUGUUUUUAUCAUUAACACUUAUUCUCAUGAUUUUUCAUAACUCACCCAAGUUUUGAGCUGAAUUGACUCUACAUAGAGGCUGAAUAAACAGGUUGUAUAAUAUGCUCACCCAGCCUACAGAUUAUCACACCAACAUCAGAUCAUUUGUUUGGUUAUAUUUGUCCACAUGUGCCUCCUGAUUACUUAUCAUUUAUAUUCAAGAGAUUCUAGACAGGCAGCCUUGGAUGACAACAGGUUUCUUCAUUAACUUUACCAGACUACCUGACUAUAGGAGAAUAACUAUCAAAAGGAGGGCUCUUCCUAAACCAUUCUCACUGACCAAACCACAUACCUGUCAUAAUAAAGCCAUGGUUUGUGCCGCUGAGAUAGGGCCAACCAGAUGUACUACCAUGGCAUGUGUUGACAGAUUAGGGUCUAGGUAAAUACACUAAAGGUGCAAUCAGAGCACCACCCAACAGAGGUCAUGAUAUCAGUCAAGGCCAUAUUCCAAUGAAGGCGAGGCUUGCUGCUGCUGCCGAAACCGCACUUUUGGCAAGCAUCCUUAAUGACAAUUUUUAUUUAGAAGAAAUAGGUCUGAGCUGAAAUUCUUUGAGGUUUGGCUGGAGAGGGAGGAAUAGCUGGGACUGUCCUUCUCGCAUAGAAUGGGACCUGUGCAGAUAAUUCCUCAAGGCUCUCAAUGGGUCUUGUAAACACACAGGAUCAUCAAUGGCAAGGGGUGGAUCAUGAUGGGUUAUGGCAGACCUGGGCAAACGCCGGCCCGCGGGCCGGAUCCAGCCCGCCUCCUGUCUCUGACCGGCCUGCCCGCUGGCCCGCCCGCUGGCCCGCCCGCCAGUAUAUAUAGUAUAUAUACAGUAUUGGGUAAAACUGAGUUAACUAUAUUAGUCCGGCCCUCUAGAACCAUCCCAAUUUCUCAUGCGGCCCCUUGGGAAAAUUAAUUGCCCACCCCUGGGUUAAGGGCUCACAUGAGGUAGCUCAUUUGCCAAGUACGGCGGGUCAGUGAGCAGUUGUACUGAUCUGUCAUCUCUAAUUGCUUUUAGUUGGAAUCCAAGGCCAAGACUGCUAACCCUCUGCCAAGGGCCAAUAAUUCAUCUAGCUAAAAAGCAGUUGUAGCACUUAUGUUUCUAUAGUCAGGUUGUCUGGUAUCAAAGAAAAACAAUUUACUAGUAAAGUUUCAUUUCUGCCCAUCUGAUUCCCACAUUUUUGAAGGAUAUGAGUAUGUACUGAUAAGCUUUCAUGAAUUUUUGAGUCUUUGAAAUUGAUAAAGCAUGCCUAAUUAACAAGAACUUAAUAUAUAGGAAGUGUAAACACUCACAUGCUAAUGUCUGCUUCUAGAUGUACUGGUGUAACAGCUCAUAAUCGUGCAUGCUACUGUUCUUUAUUUUGUAUUAAUAAUGCCAAAAAGUGAAAAUUUAAAAACAAGCUUAUUUUUUAAUAUAAAUUCUAUAUAAAGCCUGCUUUGUCAGUAAUUGUAGCCCACUCAAAAGAAAGUAUUUUGUAACUGUGGUUGUGGAAUGAAAUAAAUUUUUAUGUCUUUGUUCCUAGUGGGGGCAACUAUAAAUGUUUGAACUGUAGGAGAAUGGGUAAAUCCUGGUAAUGUUACAUGUGCUCACAAUUGGUCAGCUGAGGCGAAUGCAAAUGAUAUCAGCUCUAAGGAUCAUGUGCUGAGAGACCAACAGGCCUUCCUGCAGAAAUCAUGAUCCUAACAAAGCUUGUGCCCUUGUGUAAUUUCCAGACUGAUGGGCAAAAGUUUUUAUUGAAACCCAAUGGUUAGUUGUAACAUAAUUUUCUAUAGGGAUAUAUUUGGAAUUCUCUGGUUGUAUUUCUUCACAAAUUAAUUUCAUCUUUGAAAUUCGGGAUUUGGUAAGGCUGUUAAAAGGAAUUUAAAUCAGUAGCUUGUGCUAUAUUGGACGGCGGUCCAGUGGCACAAAAGUUAGUGCCCAUCACCAAAACAGUGAACCUAUCACCAAAACAGUUAAGGUUGGCUGUCCUAGAUUCAGCUUGUCUUAGGCUCUUUUCUUUCUCUGCAUGUGGUAUCUGUUUACAGGGCUGGCUGCCUUGCCCUGAUAUAGCCUUAGUGCAGGCUCAGCAUAAAAUACCUAAUUCCCCCCUCCCUCAUCCCCCUUUGCACAGAGAAGCUCUUGACAUAAAGUAUUUGUCUGAAAGAUUUUUUUCACACAGUUUGAUACUAAACAUAAUAGACUAUCCAUUGGCAUAACUACACAUUAAUGUGUACUUCUAGAUGCCUAGAAUAAGCAUCUGAUGUUCAUGCUUAUUGUAUUCCAUUCCUUUUGCAUUACACUUGUAUCAAGAAGUACCAACUUAGAAACUGGCAGUUAUAAUAGAGCUAUUAAACCACUGCCUAACGAUGUUCCUCUUGAAGUUAAUAAAAGUUAAAAUACUGUGUGA